AUGCCUUCUGUACGCUGUUUCUCUGGCUUUGCUCUCACGGCGCUGGGCGCUGCUCAGUCGGUGCUGGGGCUUGGUUUGAAGAGUCCUGUGGCCCGUCAGGACGAGCAGGGUAACUCGGCCACUUGCUCCAGCCCGCAGCUUUCUUGCCACAAUACGUCUGCGGUGCAGGAUCUUUGUUGCUUCAACUCGCCGGGUGGUUCGCUUUUGCAGACGCAGUUUUGGGAUACGAAUCCUGCUACUGGACCGGAUGAUUCGUGGACGAUUCAUGGGCUUUGGCCUGACAACUGCGAUGGCACCUAUGAAGCCAACUGCGACGAUGAUCGUGCAUAUACCAACAUCACGGCCAUUCUCAAUUCGUUUGGCAAGCAAGAUCUUGUUGACUAUAUGAACACGUACUGGACGUCCAACUCUGGUUCAGCAGAAACUUUCUGGGAGCAUGAGUGGGGCAAGCACGGAACUUGCAUCAGCACCCUGGACCCAGACUGCUACACAUCCUACAAGCCGACAGAAGAAGUUCCAGAUUUCUUCGAGCGAACUGUUGCCCUGUUCAAGGACCUCCCAUCCUACACUUGGCUCUCCGAUGCAGGCAUCACCCCCUCCAGCAGUAAGACAUACACCCUCUCCGCCAUCCAGUCCGCGCUCGCCAAGAACCACGGCGGCUACACCCCCUACGUCGGCUGCGCAUCCGGCGCCCUCGACGAGCUCUGGUAUUUCUACAACACCCGCGGCUCCGUUCAAACAGGCACUUUCGAGGCCGCAGAAUCCUUGACCAAGUCCAACUGCCCAAGCAGCGGCAUCAAGUACCUCCCCAAGAACGGCGGCUCCUCGCCAUCUCCAACGACAACCACCACCGCGCCAGGCUCCGGUCCAACGGGCUCAUUCAGCGGCUCAGGCUACCUGAACGUCGUCAGUGGCGGCAGUCAGAAUGGCUGCAUCAUCUCCGCAGGGACAUGGUACACCAGCGGGACCUGCGCGACGUUCACUGCUGCUUCCUCCGGCAGCGGCUUCACGCUCAAGUCCUCCAAGGGUAACUGUGGGGUGCAGUCCGGCCUUUUCACUUGCGGUUCCGGUGUCUCGAGCACCGUCUUCACGAGCUCGAAUGGCAAUUUGCUGUACAGCGGAUCUAGUGCGUUUUCUACGGAUUCUGCGCCUUCGGGGAGCACGCAGGCGAAGGUGUACUCGGGCAGUGGCCAUGCGACCAAGUUUACGAUUACGUGGGAGAGUAAAUAG